ACGGCCCCCAAGGCGGACCCUCCCUGCUGCCCCGGAGUACCGCUGCCCCCACCUGGGGCGGAGGGGCGGGCGCCGCACAGCCCUCCCUAUGCGCCCGGGCCGCGUGGCUUGCGGCUUAUUUUCCCAGCUGGCAAGCGUCGCGCUGCAGACAAGGGAAUGCCUGUGGUCCUGCGUGUUCCGGAGCUCGGCAGCCCCCUGAUCCAGCCGAGCCCCCUCCAGGAGAGGAAGGGUUAAGAAUGAUGAGGAAGAAGAGGAAGCGAGGCGCGUCCCCCGGCCCAUGCCGCAGCCACGGCUCCGGACCCGCCACGGCACCCGCGCCGCCGCCCUCGCCGGAGCCCACAAGACCUGCAUGGACGGGCAUGGGCUUGAGAGCAGCACCUUCCUGCCCCGCCGCCGCCUCCGCCACAGACUCCGAGGCUGAGCAGCGCCGCCGCCCCAGGCUCUGCCCGCCUCCCCUGGCACUGCUCUUGCUGCUGCUGCUCAGCCUCGGGCUGCUCCACGCAGGUGACUGCCAACAACCGGCCCAGUGUCGGAUCCAGAAAUGUACCACGGACUUUGUUUCCCUGACUUCACACCUGAACUCUGCCAUCGACGGCUUUGACUCUGAGUUUUGCAAGGCCCUGCGUGCCUAUGCUGGCUGCACCCAGCGAACUUCAAAAGCCUGCCGUGGCAACCUGGUAUACCAUUCUGCUGUAUUGGGUAUCAGUGACCUCAUGAGCCAGAGGAACUGUUCCAAGGAUGGACCCACAUCUUCUACCAACCCUGAAGUGACCCAUGACCCUUGUAACUAUCACAGCCAUGCAGGAGCCAGAGAACACAGGGGAGGAGACCAGAACCCUCCUAAUUACCUUUUCUGUGGCUUGUUCGGAGAUCCUCACCUUAGAACUUUCAAGGAUCACUUCCAGACGUGCAAAGUGGAAGGGGCCUGGCCACUCAUAGAUAAUAAUUAUCUUUCAGUUCAAGUGACGAACGUGCCUGUGGUCCCUGGAUCCAGCGCUACUGCUACAAAUAAGAUCACCAUCAUCUUCAAAGCCCACCGUGAGUGUACAGAUCAGAAAGUGUACCAAGCUGUGACAGACGACCUGCCUGCUGCCUUUGUGGAUGGCAGCACCAGCGGUGGGGACGGCGACGCCAAGAGCCUGCGCAUCGUGGAAAGGGAGAGUGGCCGCUACGUGGAGAUGCAUGCCCACUACAUGGGGACCACGGUGUUUGUGCGCCAGCUGGGCCGCUACCUGACCCUCGCCAUCCGCAUGCCCGAAGACCUGGCCAUGUCCUACGAGGAAAGCCAGGACCUGCAGCUGUGUGUGAAUGGCUGCCCCCUGGGCGAGCGCAUCGAUGAUGGGCAGGGCCAGGUGUCUGCCAUCCUGGGCCACACCCUGCCUCACAACCCCCUGGGACAGGCCUGGCCUGGCUACACACUGGAGACUGCCAACGCUCAGUGCCACGAGAAGAUGCCGGUGAAGGACAUCUAUUUCCAGUCCUGUGUCUUCGACCUGCUCACCACUGGUGACGCCAACUUCACCGCGGCGGCCCACAGUGCCUUGGCGGACGUGGAGGCGCUGCACCCGAGGAGGGAGCGCUGGCACAUCUUCCCGAGCAGCGGGCAGGAGCCGCCCCACGGAGGCAGCCACCGCGCUCUCGGCCUGGGGCUCACAUGCUUGAUCUGUAUUGUGUUUUUGUAGGGGUUGUCUCUUAUUUUUUGUCUAUAACAAAAUUUUUAAAUAUAUAUUGUCAUAAUAUAUUGAGUAAAAGAGUAUAUAUGUAUAUACCAUGUAUAUGACAGGAUGUUUGUUCUGGGACACCCACCAGAUUGUACAUAUUGUGUUCGAUUGUUUUCACAUAUGUUGGAUGUAGUGUUCUUUGAUUGUAUUGAUUUUGUUUUGCAGUUUUGUGAAAAGUUUUAUAAUAUCCCUGCCAGGGGACCUGUUAGAAAGCACUUUAUUUUUUAUAUAUUAAAUAUUUAUGUGUGUACCUGUUCAGUAUGUAUAGUACAUAUGCACAGACACCGCACACAGCGUCCCCUUUGGACACGAACAGUGGUGAUGUCUGUGGCUGUUCCCUCCCGCCCUCCCAUUGCUACUGAUUCCCACGGUGUGCAGCUUACACCCACCUCCUGGUGAAGCCUCCCCAGCGCUUCUGUCCUCACUGUCCUCACUCGAUUCAGAAGGAUAGUUCACUCCACCUUACAGGUGCUUUUGACUGUUAAAGACUGAUGUCUAGGAAGCCUUUACCCUCUCCAACAGCUGUCACUUUUCCAGAGGGUGGAGAGAACACUACUACAAUCCUUACUAAACUAGGGUGGUUGUACCUGAGCACUUCUGGUGUAUUAAGUUGAACCAUUUGAAACUGCUGUUUUUAUGGGUCAGAAGGGGCUAGUGAUGGCAAUUUCACAGGUAAAUACCAGGCACUUUGCUAGACUCCAGUAGCGCUCGAUCUUUUUCUCAUCCCAUGUCCCUGUUUAAACGGUAGUCUUCUUCCUCUUUUAACUAUUUUGCAUUGAACAAACAAAACACAAAAACGCAACUUUAGAUAUUAUGCUUGCUGUUGUCUGAUUUGUGCGAGCCCACAGUCUUCGCCUUCCCUCCUCGACUCUUCGGGCCCAGAAACACACCGCCCCCGUCUCCACCCACAGUGAGCCCGCCUCCGCCUCGGGCACCCAGGGUUGCAUCACAGAGUUUUCCACUCCACAGUCUUGGACACAUCUGUCCGUAUGAUGGAAUGGACUAGGGUGUCAAUGACAAACACUUCUCAGCCUGCCUCAGGAUGCAGCUAAACUCUGGGUGCUAGUUAAUCUAGAUGUUCUCCUUAAGCAGCGUUGCUCCUCAGGUGGUCUCUCUUCAAUGAGAUAUUACUCCUCUUAACAUCUAUAGGCAAAUAAUAUUUAGCUACUUAUGUAACUUCAUAAAGUCCCCUAUAAAGUAAAAAAAUCUUACUUCCCUGAUUCCUUUAUCAGCACUCCUCUGCAAAAGGAAAACACUACCAGUGACAUCAAGCACAGUGACUGAGAAAGUAACUCCACAGUAGCUAGGUUUGUAUUCUAAAAUGCGUUUGAUUCCAAGAAAAAGUGAUAGAAUUUGUAAUUUGCCUUAAGUUUACAUUACUGUAAACAAGAGUGAAUAAGCUUUAAAUACUAGAGUAAUUUGGGUGAAGAUUGUGCUGUCGUAGUCAGCCAGGUAGCUCUUCCUCGUGCCGUGUGUCAUGGGUUAGGAGCACUAGCAGAGCCCAAGGUGGCAGGACAUAAGGACAUCAUUUGAAGAAGUUCACUCUUAGUGAACCGAUCUAUCAUCCAGCCACAGGAUGGCACUGCGAUUCAUCCAGAGGUGGCAAACCUGUCUACCUUUUGCUAUAUAAGAAUAUUCUGCCCAGUCUAAAAAAUAAAGUGUGCAGAUAGUAUAGAAGUGAAAACAAGGGUAGAACUUCCUAUAGUAUCUGGGUUUAGAGUGUAUGGUUAAUGUACCUUUAGCCUUUGUAGGGAAAGCAAAACCACCACCUUUACUAAUGCGAAAAGAAGAUUGGGUCAUUUUGUCAUAUCAUUUAACUGGAAAGGAUGCUUAAAACCAUCCUCCAUCACUGGGUUGGUACUAGUGUGUUCGGCUAUUCUCCCUUAACCAGUGUUCUGUACAUACUCAGAGUCCUCACACACAACUGUUUCAGAAGUGCAGGUGAUUCUCUGGAGAGGGGCAGCUUUAUUAUCUCCUGUUUCAUUUCUAGGAUUUCUUGAGAAAAUGCUAUUGCACAUGUUGGUUCUUGAAAUCCUCCUUAACCAGAGAGUUUUGGGUCAUAGCAACCCAUGGAUAGGCUGUAGCUGUUAAAAGGUCUCCUGGGGAGCUUAAAACUUGGAGGAAAACACUGGUUUUCACAGAUGCUCCACAUGGCUGUCUUUUUAAAAGACUCAAAACAUUUUUUUGCUCCCUUUUUUAUGCUUGGAAUUCCCACAGUGUGUCGAGUCUUUAGAUGUGGUUCAUAGGUAUAUGAAUAAGUAUCUGUGUAAAACUGUGAGUGUGCAGUGUGUAAAUACUUUAAAUUAUUAUGCUAGAAAAAUAAAGUUACAUACCAUGCUGUGGAA